AUGAGUGGAGGCAUGAAGAGAUCCGCAUCGGUCAAGGUGCAGAAGGAUGUGAUCAUCCCCCAGAGGUUGUUGUCGGUCUCAAGGAGAGGUGACGACUUCCCAUCAUUCUCGAACACGCCUCAUAUUCGCCACCGAAGACAGCCUUCUCGCAUACAUAAUGGCUUCCUGCCUAGUGGGUCUCACCAUCGACAGCAUGAGGAUCAAAACCAAGACCAGGACACGUAUGGACCAGUCCAGCAGGUCCUCGAUGAAUACAGGCGACGGUCAUUCCUGCCACCCUCGGACAAGAGGGUGUCAUGGCAAGAGACUCAAGCAUCAGGGCGGCCGAGGAAAACCAGUGACCCGGUGACGAAUCACGACAGACGUUCUGUCCACCAAUCCGUCUACCUGGAAAAGGCCGCAGACAAGGACGUCGAAGCUGGACUGCCACACCCGAACGACACAGAGGCCUUCCCUGAGUUCGACUCAAAGCCUAUACCUCAGCAUAGGUUCCCGCUUCAGGAUCGCUCUUCCGAUGCUAUAUCUUCUGUCUGGGGCGACGAGGAUUCCUCAACAUACAGCCCACAGGACGUGCCCAGGCGCAAUAAUACUGUACGGAGGGUCGUGGAUGCUGUAGUACCGGACAAGGUACAAGAGACAGCACGAAAUGUCAUCGGUCGAGCACGCCGAAGUUCAAUAGCUGAGGCAUAUGAAAAGGCCAAGGCCAGAGGUAUCGAGCUGCAACGGAAGCGGUGGGUGGAGGUUCUCUUCGAAAUCACUAUCUACACGAUAUUGAUCUGCUUCAUCUAUUUCGUGUUGAUCGGCAUGCCUCUCUGGAAGGGAGCAGUGUAUUGGAUGUAUUGGUUAAUAUCGACAAAAUUUGUCGUCGCUGGGGGAUGGUCCAUCACCAUCGCUAUUGCAGCAUUUUACUCGUUUGCUCCUCUCCUCAUCUUUUUCGAAAGGGAGCCACCAGUCCUCGAACUUCCGGAUGAUUUUGACCGGACCGCCUUGCCUGGCGUCGCUAACACGGCCCUUCUCAUUCCCUGUUACAAGUCUGCGGGCCUGAUAGGGGCCACCCUCACCGCAGCCCUGAAAGUCUUCCCACCUUCACAUAUCUUCGUCAUCGCCAACGGCAACUCCGAGACACCUCUCGACAACACUGAGGAGGUCUGCAUUCCCUAUGGUGUCAAUCACAUCUGGUCUCCUGUCGGCUCCAAGAUUGUGGCCCAGUUCGUGGGAUGCUACGCCGCCAAGGGCUUCAAGAACGUCCUGCUCAUCGACGACGACUGCGCGCUACCGCCAAACUUCCCCAUCGUGUCCGAGCGCCUCACAGAAAAGGUACGGUCGAUCGGCUACACCAUCAAGAGUGUCGGGCCGAAUUCUUCCAAGGGCACAUACUGCCAACAGGCCCAGGACCUAGAGUACAAGAUCUCGGGUCUUCAGCGCGCCCUGGCCGGCAAGAUGGGCAGCGCGACCUUCCCGCACGGCGCGAUCUCGCUCUGGGAUCGCAAGUUCCUCAUCAAGACGUUCCACGACCACCCUGGGUUCUCCGUCUCCGAAGACUGGUUCUUUGGCCACAGCUGCCGCCGACUUGGCGGUAGGAUCAAGAUGUGCACAUCCGUCUUCGUCGAGACUGAGACCCCGCCGGCUGUGUUCUUCAGCAGCGGUGGCAGCCGCGGCGGGUUUGGCGAGAUGACUGUCUUCAAACAGCGGUUCAUGCGAUGGAAUUUCUUCUUCGUCAACGGCAUGUACUACAACAUGCACUACAUCCUCACGAGCUGGAAGCUCGGCUGGUGGGAGAUUGGCGCCAAGAUCUUUGUUUUCCAAGAGGUCUACGAGACGCUGUUGUACCUCUUCACUCCUUUCAUCCUGCCCAUUUCCUUCCUUGUCGCACCCGCGUUCUGCGGGUAUCUGCUUGCCGGCACUGUGGUGCUCUACCUCGCGAACGUGGUCAUUUUCAACGAAGUUCAUCUCCGAAUGAGGAACGAGCGCAUCGGUUGGGACGUGCUGUUGCUAUACUACAUGCCCUACAAACUCGUCCUGACACUGGUCAACGUCGCCAGUUGCUACUGGAGUCUGUACAAGUACGCGCGCUACUUCGCAAAGAGGCACCCCAAGGUCAUUGAGGACGAGAAAGCCGUUGAGGUUGUCCUUCGCCUGGAGGAGACGACCCCUGUCACGAACCAAAACGCCAUCUACGAGGACGAGGUGGAAGGCGGGAGGCGCAUGAGUGUCGCUGUCGUAGGCGCCCAGACGAACGCGAGGGCGAGCAAGAGGGUGAGCGCUCGGUUUUCAUACAUCAGCGGCAGCGGCGAAGACACCAUCUCCUUCAGCAGCCCGUACAGCCCGAGCACGAGCGCUACUUCGCCUCUACCCACGCCCCCAAGCCCAAUCUCCCCUGCACCCUCGUCCCGCAACCCAUUUGAGCCCCUUUCGCCGGGGUAUGGGCCCAGUAAGAGGGCUUCGCACGGUCCUUACCUGGUCCCGUCGUCUGCGUCGGGCGCGACGAGCCCUUACGGCCGACACUCACCCACCCUCGGCUACCACGGCUCGCCUGUGCCCAGCCCCGGCAGCUCUGACGGCCACCGGAGCCCGGCGCCGCCGCCCGAUGCGAUGAUGCAGCCGCCUCAGAUGGUUCACGUCUCUGGUGCCAAGACGGUCCAAUUCGAUACGUCGCUGAAUGAGAAGGCCGGGCCCAGCUCGAUCUACGCGAGGCGACGGAACAGUAGUAUAUCCCAGAAUAUGAUAUAG